UGUUUGAUUACACAGGAGCUUUCACAGGCAAGGUCUAGCAGAAUUUUCAUUUUGGGAGAGACGCAAGGCGCUGGAAAAGUCCUUCCUCCAUACAGAGAGCCAUGAAGUCAGUCGCUUUGCUGCUUGCCUUGUGUUUCUCUGGGGCCACGAGCCUCCGUAUUUGCUCCUUUAAUGUACAAAUAUUUGGAGAGGCCAAGUGCUCCAAGAGGGAAGUGAUGACCGUGCUACACAAGAUUGUCUCUCGCUGUGACAUAAUGCUGCUAAUGGAGAUUAGAGACAGCAAAGACGUAGCCAUACACGCUCUAAUGGCAAAACUCAACAGCUUAAAAAAAGUGAAUAAAUUCAACUUGAUCAUUAGCGAGAGACUUGGUCGCAGUAUGUCCAAAGAGCAAUACGCCUUUAUAUAUAGGAAGAAUGUAGUGACAGUGGCAGACUUUUAUCAGUAUAAAGACCAGCAGGAUGGAGAUGUGGACGUCUUUUCAAGAGAACCAUUUAUUGUCUGGUUUAAAUCCUUAAAUACAGAAGUGAAAGACUUUGUCAUCAUCCCCCAGCACACAGUGCCUGAGGACGCCGUUCGUGAGAUUGAUGAACUCUAUGAUGUUUAUCUCGAAGUCCGACAGAAAUGGAACACAGAGAACAUCAUCUUCAUGGGAGAUUUUAAUGCCGGCUGCAGUUAUGUUCCCAAGAAGUAUUGGAAAAACAUCCGCCUGAGGACCAAUCCUGAGUUUGUCUGGUUACUUGGAGAUAAAACGGAUACAACAGUCAGAAGCAAGACUAGCUGUGCCUAUGACAGGAUUGUUCUGCAUGGUAACGAUCUGAUCAGCUCUGUGAUACCAGACUCUGCAACUGUGUUUGAUUUCAUGCGGGCGUACAGGCUAACAGAGGAACAGGCCCUGGAGGUCAGUGAUCACUAUCCCGUGGAGUUCCAGCUGAACGAGUCUAAUCAUUUUGCCCGUAAAACAUCUAGAAGACGAGAUGGAAGAAGAUGAUGUAUUUUACGCUUGGAGGAAGACGUUUAUAUAUUUUACUCUAAGUGCUUGAUGUUAGGCCCAGAUUUGUAUCAAUAUAUAGUCCAGACAUAUAUAGCUAGAUUCACAUAGAGUUAGGUCGGCGUAUCAGUAGAUACGCCGACCUACCUCCGAAUCUGCACUGAC